AUGAGGCCGAUGCAACUGGAACUGUUGGCGGAGAUGGAUGAUGGAGGUUCUUCGAUGGCCAUGGACGUAGAUGACAUCGAAGCCAUGGAGAUGCUCAGCGAAGGAGGACUUAUCUAUGAUAACAAGCUCGCCGACGCCGAAUUCUUCAAUAGGUUCGAAGAUGAUUUCGACGACACCGAUAUCAACUGA